CCGCAUCUGGGACUCGCGUUUGCUCCCCGUUUCUUUAGAAUUUUGCUGCAAAACAGAGAGCUGUGAAAAGUUACAAUUGUGAGGUUAUUUUAAAGGGAAACUUCCCCCCAAAAAGGAGGGUCUAGCAAUUGCGACGUUUCAGCAAUGUCGUUUAAACGUGGAAUAUGAAUCUAAGUAUAUUUUAAGAUUUCGCCACUUCUUCUGACAAAUCACUGUAGGGAAGCAGCUGUGGUUAAGGGAGAAAGAGCCUAACUUGUGACGAUGAAGUUUAACCUGUUUAGGAAGCCCCAGGCGGUGGCGGCCCCGGAGCCCACAGGGACCACCACUCAGACCAUGGCCCCUCCCACUCCAGGAGUCAUUUUCACCACAGCAGAGGCCAGCCUGGGCUCCAACAACACUGAGAUCAGCAAGAAUGACAUGUUUGAAGAAAUCAAGACUAAAUUUAUGAAUGAAAUUGAUAAAAUUCCAUUACCCCCUUGGGCCCUGAUUGCCAUCGCUGUGGUAGCUGCUCUGCUCAUCCUAACUUGCUGCUUCUGUAUCAUCAAGAAAUGCUGCUGCAAAAAGAAGAAGAAGAAAGGCAAGAAGGGCAAAGAUGGCAUGAACAUGAAGAACAUGCAGGGUGGUGAGGAUGACGAUGAAGACGAGGGAGAGACUGGACUGACAGAAGAGGAAAAGGAGGAAGAGGAGAAGGAGCAGGAGCCUCUGGGGAAACUGCAGUACUCAAUUGACUAUGACUUUGAGAACACAAAGCUGACCAUCGGGAUCCUUCAGGCAGCAGACCUCAUGUCCAUGGACUCUGGUGGGACAUCUGAUCCUUAUGUCCGAGUCUGUCUGCUUCCUGACAAGAAGAAGAAGUUUGACACUAAAGUCCACAAAAAAACACUCAACCCUGUCUUCAAUGAGACAUUUGUAUUCAAGAUUCCAUAUGAGGAGCUGGGUGGGAAGACUCUGUGUAUGUCUGUGUAUGACUAUGACCGCUUCUCCAAACAUGACGUGAUUGGAGAGGUCAAGCUGCCCAUGAACACCAUCGACCUGGGCAGGCCUAUCGAGGAGUGGAGGGACUUGGAGAGUGCUGAUCAGGAAGAGCCUGAGAAACUUGGAGACAUCUGCAUCUCCCUGCGUUAUGUCCCCACCGCGGGCAAACUGACUGUGUGCAUUCUGGAGGCCAAGAACUUGAAGAAGAUGGAUGCCUGUGGACUGUCAGAUCCAUAUGUAAAGAUCCAGUUACUGCAGGGAGGCAAGCGACUGAAGAAAAAGAAGACAACAGUGAAGAAGAACACCUUAAACCCAUACUACAAUGAAUCCUUCAGCUUUGAGAUUCCACUGGAACAGAUGCAGAAAAUCUUGGUGGUUGUCACAGUGUUUGAUUACGACAAAAUCGGUAAGAACGAUGCCAUUGGGAAGAUCUUUGUGGGCAGCAAGGCCACAGGGUUAGGUCUGAAGCACUGGUCCGAUAUGUUGGCCAAUCCACGGCGGCCCAUUGCACAGUGGCAUGCACUACAACCCGAGGAGGACAUCGAUGGUCAGCUGGCAGCACUCAAUGCUAAGAAGUAAAGCGCUUCACCAGCUGCCUGCUACUGCACUACCCUGAACCCCCCCCCCUUCACCUCCACUGCAUGAAAUACAUGACCAGUGUGUCAUGAAACCUGCUCAGCAAAAAGAGACAUCUUAUUAUAUCUGCUUAUGGUAUUGUCCAUCAGGUCUUUGUAUGCCUCACAUACCUCAGUGUAUGCUGGGAAGACUGCUGUUGAGUAUCACACGACUGGCUCAGGAGAAUUAAAAUCUUUCUUUUUUGAAGAAAUGUAGAAACUGAUUCGUAGGGUGCUGACACUGAUUGAAAGUCUUAGUAAAGACUACAUUGGAAAUAUAGCUUUAGUUUAGUUUGUAGAGCAUGCUAACUUGCUUCCCUGAAACGCUGCAUAAUCCAUGCCCACUAGUGUAUUAAGCUAAAUGUGUGACCUUACUGGCAAUACAGGAACUGUAUUAAUGGGUGCAUUCC